ACCUGCAACAAGCGACCUGCAACCGUCCCAAAUGUUGAUUCAUUUCUGUGAAACGAGGCAGGUCGGACAGACGUAUUGACAGUUUUAUAUCGUCGGUAUUUUUGCUGAUGACAUGUUUAGUGUUGGGAUACACCUGUUAGCACCCCAGCAGUUCAUCGUAUCGGUACGUCACAUCACAUGAGCACUGAUAUUAUUAUUAUCUCUGUCGUGGGAUGUUCACAGAUAUGUAGACCAUGCAGACAAGUUUUUGUCAACAGAUGGAUACAAACUGAUUGUUCUGCCUUCAAGUGUCUGAAGAUCCGCAGACAAGAUGAUCUACGUCAUAAUGGGAGUAUCGGGUUGUGGAAAAAGCAGUUUAGGGGCCUUCCUGUCAGAAAAGCUGGGGUGGCCCCUGCACGAAGGGGAUGACUUCCAUCCACAGGGGAACAUUGAGAAGAUGGCUCGUGGUGAACCGCUUACAGAUCAGGACAGGUUGCCUUGGCUGCUCAAACUACAUGAAGUCAUUACGAGUGAAAGGUUUUCAGGCUCUGAUGCUCUCGUGGUGUGCUCCGCUCUGAAGCGUCUGUACAGACAGAUCCUGCUCUACGGCUCCAAAGCCCUCUUUUCUUCCUCCGGUUCAGACCAAGAAAUCCUGCCCCCAACCAUACCUGAUGUCUUUUUUCUCUUUAUGCAUGGUGACUAUGAUCUCAUUCAGCAGAGGAUGGUGGCUCGGAAGGGGCAUUACAUGAAAGCAGACAUGCUGCGUUCCCAGUUUGAUGUUUUAGAGCCGCCGUCAGAUGAAGAGAACGUGUUGGCCCUUGACAUCAGGAGGAGCAUCGCUGACAUGGCCAUGGAGGUCGAGGAGCACAUCAUCAGCUUCAAGUCGUCACACCAAUGACUUAACACAGCAAAUGUCUACUUGUAUCCCAGUAAAGUAAAGUGCCCUUUCAGCUGCAAAAUCACAGAGAAGCAUGUGCAGUAAUUUGAGUUUUGGGUUUAUCUGCUCAUUUAUACUAAAAGGGUAACCAUGUAUUUUCGAACCUGGACCACAGAUUCUCCUGUUUUAGUAUCUAAUACCUCUUUCCCACCAAAAUUAGUGCAUGCACACAUUUUUUUUAAACCCAAGUAAACCCAUUAAAAAUACGUUAUAGCCUGCUUUCCCAUUGCCAAUGGAGCAGAGCUUCUACGCAGUA